AGUUCAGUUUCAGAGAGUUCAAUAAAGCACAUGAUGCACGAAUUUAACUUUGUCAUUGUUCUCAAUCGUUUUAUUUCCUUUAAAAAUUGCAUAUGUACAAUUAACUGGAAUUAACUCGAGCACGAAUGCUUUUCACGAGAAUCCAAAGCUUCACACAAGAAAACAACUUGAACUUAUACAUUUUGCUGCAACUUUUGAACAUGUGUUUCAAACACAUUUGAAAUGUACUUUUUUUAUAUUAUAAUAUCCGCGUUGGACUUGAAAUCGCUUCAAUUUGUUUUUCUGUGAAUAGUGAAUUAGUGAAUAAAAAACUAAAAAAAACACACAUUUUAUUUGCCCAAAACGUGUAGAAAUGUCACAACUAGAUCAAAAUAGUCAACACCACGAUACGCCCGUGGUUAGGCAAUUUGUGCAAGUAUGCAUCUCGAACCCAAGUAGUUUUGUAGACGAACUCUUAUGCAUUUUAAACUCUUCAAAAUUAUUUUUCAUACAUAAAAUUAGGAAUUACUUUACUCAUUGGUUUUUUGAAGUAUCAAAAUCAACAUAUUUUAUAUAAAUUUAUCGAAUAAAAAGAAAACGAAGUAUUUCAUCAGAUGAUCUUGUUCAAUUGAUGUUCACUGGGGCGUGUGUGUCAAUGUUUGGUUUUGGCGCGAAGGGAACUGUCAUUGUCAACAAUUUGGACCGACAAACUACACGUUUGAAAAGAGUAAACAUUUCAACAUAUUUGUAUUUUGUCGAAUGAACAAUUUUUUUUUUAAUCAAGUUCUAUGUAUUGUGUUUUCUGAAGACAAACUUAAAUUAAGCCUAGUAUUUAAGUAGUGGUUUUAUUUGCAUAUCUUAAAUAAACAAAAGUAAUCGACUUUGAGCGGUAAUAUCAAAAAUAUGUAAAAUAAACGAUAGCACUGAUUGUCGAACAAAAAGAAAAUAGUGAAAUAAUAAAUUGGACACAUUCGAAUUUUUUCCAUCGAUCGAAAUCAUUGAAACAAAUCGGCAUCAUGUCGAUUAUGCUGGCGGAUAUAGAUGCAACUUGUGCAUCGUUAGGUUAUUAUGAUGGUAAAACAUAUGUUCCGGAACCAAAUGCUCUGCAUGGACUGAAGCAUUUGAUUUGGGUAUUGCGUCGUGACGGUGAUACACAUGAAUACCGACGACACAUGGGCCAUGGUAAAGUACUACAAACGGAUUUAAUACCAAUGCUCACGGCUCAAACAGAAGAAAAUGAAACAUCUGACGCAUUACUUCGGCUGUUAGUCAAUCUCACCACACCCGCAUUGCUUCUGUACAAUGAGACUCUGCCGAAAGACGGACCGAAUCGUCGGAACUUUUUACAUCUGCUGGAAAUUUUGCAAUCGUUCAAGACGGCCUUCUCCAAUCCAGCCGUUUGGAUUUCGCUACGUAAACGGUUCCAGAAAGUGUUGGAAAUUGAUUCGGUCGAGCGUACAGAAGAAAAAGGUUUAUUGAUCGAGCGUGUGUUGGUGUUGAUUCGUAAUGUUCUUCAUGUUCCCUCCAAUCCCGAUGUUGAACGACGAGCUGACAACGAUGCCAGCUUACAUGAUCAAGUUUUGUGGGCUCUUCAAGAAGCCGGUAUUCUGGAUUUGAUCCUUUAUAUCAUUGGGUCCGAAUAUGAAAACCAAUAUCACUUACACGCAAUGGAAAUCAUUUGCCUGAUGUAUCGCGAGCAAAUGGCUGAAUCACUGGCCGACGUUUCAUUGCAACGGACUGCAGCGGAAAAAAGUCGCGAUGAACAGGAUCUGAUAGCAGCACGAAAGCGUGAGCGCGCAAAGGUUGCAAUGAAACCACCGACCGGGCGACAUUCAAGAUUUGGCGGUACAUACAUCAUGCAAAAUAUGAAAUCAGUUUCCGAUCGUGACAUCAUUUGUCAUAAGCCAUUAGACCGAGCCGUUGCCAUGGAUUUCGAUCGUGACAAAAAUAAGCAGAAAAAAUCGCAUCGAAUGGCCAAAGAUGAACAAAUCAUCGAGCGACGCAGUGCACUUUCAAUCAGAUUGUUUUUGCGUCAAUUUGCAAUAGAAUUGCUUCAAUCGGCAUUCAAUAAUAUGGUUCGACAAGUGCGACGAACACUUGACCGCGGCACUACUGGCAAUGAUGAUUCGUACCUGCUAUGGGUCAUUCGAUUUUUCCUGGAAUUCAAUCGAUUGAAUGGAUUCAAGAUUCCGUUGGUUAGCGAGGCUUUGAGCACGCAGAAUUUUCAUUGGGUUUUGGGACGAGUGCAACAUCAUUUGGAUAUGCUGACAUCGGACAAACAGAAUAUAAAACUGUGGGAAAGACGUCUAAGUAUUGCUAUACAGACGCUAAAAGAAUUAUUCAAAAAUUUGGUUACACUGCAAACGAUGACGAGCGAAGAUGCUCGUGCUCUUUUCAAACUUCUGCUAAACAAUGUUUGCUACGUGCUUGAGUUCCGCGAAACGGUGCUGCACACAUUGACCAGCUAUAACGAAAAUCGUAACACAAAAACGUACAUGCGAGAUGUGGUGGAAACGACUCAUAUUUUUUUUAAGUUGAUGGAAAAAUUCUGUAACGGAAAUGUGGUUGUGCAAGACAAAAAGAAAUCGCGUGCAAAAGGUAAAAAGGCGAAAAAACCACAAAAAUCAGCGAACCAACAUGGAAACACCCCAAACAACCAUGAUGAUGACGACAACAACGAGGAUGCGGAGGAUAAGUGGGCAGUCGUUGCGUCGGAAGUGGCUGCUGUGCUGUCAUCGGAUUCAACAACACUGCCGGAAGAAGAUCAUCCGUUGCCGUUUGAUGCUGCUUCGGAGAAACCGUUGGAAGAUCAAAAAGACGAUUGUAUGGUCCGAAUUCAUGGUUUCCUACAUCAAAGCAAAUUCGAACACGCUGUCCUGCUGUUACGCUCAGCCAGGGAAGUGUGGCCACAGAGCGAUUGUUUUGGGUCGGAAAAUUCACAACCAGAAGACGAAUUAUUGCUUCUACGGGACAUUUUUAUGACCAAUUUAAAUUCAGGGACCGAGAAUCUGGAUGAUGACAAAACUAACACAGAAAACGGAACUGCCGGCUCUGAUGUCGACAAUGACGAGGAUGAUAGCGAUGAAGGUAAUGAAGAUGCUAGAAAUACUGAAGUCGAAUUCCGUUUCGAUGAUUUUUUGAAAAGACUUGUCAAUCCUAAAGUCGUACAGGCCUGUACGGUUGUACUAACCGAUUGGGAACGAUUACCAGCUCGUAUAAUCAAGAGCGCUGUAACCAUACUGCAUCGCAUUGCUUUUGGCUGUAAGGUUCCGAUCAUGUUGUUCCAGGUUUCACUAUUCCGAAUAUUUCAACAAGUAUUUGGGGCGCCACGUGAUGUUCAUCACGAUGAAAUCCGCCGUUUAGGUGUGUAUGUAAUGCGCUGUUUCACCGAAAUCGCAAAAACCAAUCCAAAAGUAUACGCGGAAUUGUUCUUUUACAAGAGCGUUAGAGAAGCCAAUGACAUCGAAUAUGGAUAUGAUGACGCACGCUAUGCCAAUGCAAAUAACAAGAAAAUCGGUUGGACGGAAGAGCAGGAGGACGAGCUACGACAAUUGUUUAUGGAAAAUCAAAAUAAUCCAUCAACGGAGAAAGAUGUCAUCGAUUGGAUCCUGGAUAAUCUCAUUGACAAGCACCGAACUAGACGUGCCGUCAUCAAAAAGAUGAAGGAACUUGGUCUGAUAUUCAAGGCACCGACUCGAAAAUCAGUUGCGGCAGCUGUAUCAAAGCAUUUAUGGCGCUAUGAAGAAGAUGUUCUAUUGAGAGAACUUUAUGAUACAUAUCGAUUAGAAGAUGAUUGUUUGGCGAAAAUUAUGGAGACGUUCGUUGAUAAGCGUUCGAAAAAUGCAACGAUAAAGCGUAUGAUUGAAUUGGGUUUGAUUGCUGAACGUUCUGAAAUAUUGCCAACCAAACGGAAGAGAUCACGUCAAAGUCAACCAAAUGGAGAAGGUGAUGGUAGUGGUAGUGAUAGCAGUGACAGUGAUGAGGACGAUGAACAUGAUUCACGCCCCGUCAGAGUCACCAUUAUGAAUACGAAAAAACAAGAGAAAGCAUCAAAACCGAAACAACAACCGACACGAGAAUUGCCCAAAAUCAUGUUGAAUGUAAUCGAAAUACAAAGUCAAAUCGCUGCAAUCGAUGACAGUCUUAAAACGCAUUUUGAUUGGUUGCAAGAAUCGUUGAACGAUGCCGCAGAAGAUGCUGACGACACCGAUGACUUAUCGGAUCCCAGCGACGGUGUACCGCUUGUUCCAUUUUCCAUGACACAGAAAGAAGCGAUGGAAAAUCCACAAUUUAAAAAACUUUUGCAAAGUUUGGGAUUGCAAGAACCACUUAAAGAAAUGGAAACAUAUUGGCGCAUACCAGUGAAUAUGGCCGCGAAGGAAAUGCGAUUGGCAGCGAAACUGUUGGGCGGUGAACCAAUCGAAAACAUCGAAUCGGCCGAUGCUGAUGAUGAUUUUGAGCGAUUGUAUGUGUCCGAUUCCGAAGAUGAAAGUUUCACGGAAAUUGAAAAGGACCGACAGAAUCGUCUACAACGAGCAAAUGAACUCAUUUACAAUGAUAGUGACAAUGAAGAGGAACAGAGACCAGCGCUUAAGCCGACGAACCAAGCAAAAAAGCCGAAAGGUGGAAUUAAUUUAUUCGAUAUGGUAAAAGAUGGCACAGAGCAAAUGGAUCAAGACGAUGAAUCGGCAUCAAAUGACGGCCAAAAUACCACCACCGCUUUUGAUUCAGAGGAAUUUAAUUCACAAGUCAUUCGCAGACGGUUGGCUCAAUUGGAAGAUAGUGAUUCGGAAUCGGACAGUGCGGCAGGAAAUGGUGUUUCAGGAAAGGCGACAAAUAAUGAUGAAAGUGAAAAAGAAGGGGAAGAAACGUUUAACUCAAACAAACGCGAGCGUUCUGUUCCAGAAGCAGUGGCCACGAUGAGUGAUGACGAUGAUCCUAUAGUGGCUCCACAAAAGAAAAGAGCUAAAAUAUCCAUCAUUGAUGAUGACGACGAUGAUGAUUGAACUCCAACCCUCCUAAUUCCAGAUGAUGGUCCAUAAAAACUAAACGAAUAAAACUGUUUUUUUUUUGUUUGCUUUCAUUGCUUUUAUAUUUCUUCUAUCAGCAUAUCAAUCCAUACAAAAAUUUCAAUAAAAAAUACUUUCUAGAUAAACAAA